AUGCCAGAAAUAGACUGUGAGAUCGGUCAACGCGUUCUUUACUCCGGCCAUGUUGGUACUAUACGGUGGAAAGGGAAGGUUAGCGAUUCCCUCGAGAUUGGCCUGCGGAGCAAAAAGACACAACUUGGUUACAUUGACAUGACAGGAGAACAAGAAUCUGUCCACUUACCCAGGGAUUCUCAAGACGCAGAGGACGUAGAUUCCGUGUCUCAAACUGUGGAGGUCCUGGGAAUUGAAUGGGACAAUUGUCAUUUGGGAAGUUAUGAAGGCACAGAAUACUUUAAAUCUGAAAGACUUGAACGUCUAAAAGCGGUAAAGAGUGAGAUUGAAAGGGUGUACAAGGGGACCUUUCUUGAAGGGGCAUGCACUCAAGACAUUCUAGUUGAGAAUUAUAGACCGUGUUCUUUUAUUCUUCCAGAAGUACAAGAUGGAAUAUCCUUUUCAGAAGCUAUAAGGGAACGUUACUUGACAGAUUCCGAGCCUACAGAAUCCCUGGGUUCCGCGGAAUUUGUAGGACGUGAUAAGGCUGUAGAGUUUUUUAGUCAGCUAACAAAUUUAUAUACAGUUGGUCUAUCAGGGUCUAAUAUAAGCAGACUUGGUGAUUGCUCUGAAUUCAAAUUUUCAAGGGUAAAGGAGCUUUACCUGAGUGCGUGCCUCCUAUACAAGUGGUCCACUGUUGCCGAUAUUCUGGAGCUUUUCCCGAAGCUUGAGCUUUUGGAUCUUUCUGGAAAUUUAUUCCAGAGUUUUUCUGAUAAUAAAACCACCUCUAACACGUCUGGUAACUCACCAGCCGAAAUGCACCAGAGUUUGAACACUCUGAUUUUGAACCGGACAAUGAUGUCUUUUAAGGAAGCCAUAUCUCUGGCUAAGACAUUUCCAUCUUUAAAAUCUCUCUCUCUUGUCAGCAAUGCGUAUACUAAUCUUGAAAUUAAAGAUGUAGUAGCAGGUCCAACUAGUUUGGAUCUGAGCUCCAACUACGUUUGGAGUUGGUCUUGUAUAUUCAAACUCAUUACCAAAUUUAUCUCGCUGAAUACCUUGAUUUUGAGCGGUAAUAAGCUCUCAAAUUUGGUGUCGGAGGGAAAGACGGAUUUGUACCAAGGGGCGCUGGAAAUUGCAGGAUCUAUAACUGCAUAUUCUGGGAUAGAGGAACUGCACAUCAACGAUAAUUUGAUUGCAGACUGGGAUACUAUUACUUCAAUAUCUGCAAUAUUUCCAAAUUUGCGCAUUUUGCGGUUCAAAUUACAUACUGAAGAACAAUCAUCUUCGCUGCAAAAUGUGCACAGACAGGUGAUAAUAUCGAUAUUCCCGAGAUUAAAGGUUUUAAACGGCUCUGAAAUCUCGGACUAUGAAAGAAUCAACGCAGAGAGAUACUACUUGACAUUAUCGGACUCUCUCUACUUUAAAUCUACAGAGAGGAGAUUUGGCGAUUCACAGACUCACAGAGAGCGUCUCGAGCCUUUACACGGAAAAAGAGAGGUAAAGAAGACUGUACAGGAAAUGAGCACUGUGAAAACUAUCAAACUCUGUUUAGUUCCGGAUGCAGACUCUGAGAGUUUUGCCAAGGAACCAAUACACAAAAAGGUCCCUUCAAGGGCUACGGUUCGAGAUCUGAAGAUCCUUUGCAGCCGACUAUUUGGGAUAGCGCUUGCGGACAUUGUCUUGGUCUACAAUGACGGUAACAUGCCCCUGUGUGAGCGGAUGGACGAUGAAGAAGCCGAACUCCAACAGUAUGGAAUCAGCAAUGACUACCAAAUUCGUAUUCAGAGUAGACAAACACAAUUUUAA